AUGCAAGAUUUUUUUAAUACAUUGAUCCUUUGUUUCUUUCUGAUGACGAAGGAUGGUCCUGGGAUGAGGAUGAAGCGAGGAAGAUGGAUUAUGAUGGAGUUAAUCCUUUUGGUGCGACCUUCCUGCGGCGGGCAGCGGCGUACUAUAUAGUCCGCCAGGGUGCGGCAUUGGGCUACUGUUUGUGUAUCAGCGUCUGCGGCAUCUUCGCUAUGAAGGUCUUGUUCGGAUUCUUGGUGGUGUUCCUCAUCGUGGCCGCCUGCAGGGCAGAAGUCACCACCACCCAGAAGCCCGUCGAGGAGUCCGCGGGGGACGAUCUCAAGACAGCGGAGACCUUCGGGAUCGGGUUCUACGCAGGAGGAUAUCCCUUCGGUGGAUACUACGGCUACUAUGGAUACCCAGGUUACUAUGGAUACCCAUACAAGAAGUACUUUGGAAUAGGUUACCCAUAUUACAGACUCCCUGCAUAUCCAGCGCUACCUGUCUGGGGCUGAAGGCACUUCAUUAUCAUCAACUGCUUUAUCCAAUGAUCGCUUAGCGCUAUUUAUUUUGUAAAUAUAAUUUUUUACGGCAAUGAAUUUGUUUUGUCAAUUAUUUACCUAU